AUGUUGAACAGAGCCGCCAGAUCUGUGAAUCACACGAUCCCAAGAUUUACCGCCCCAAAGGUAUCGCUAGCAGCAAGCAGAUACUACUCGACCAUCAAUGACAAAAUCAAGGUGAAGAACCCUGUUGUCGAAUUGGACGGGGAUGAAAUGACUCGUAUUAUCUGGUCCAUCAUCAAGGACAAGCUCAUCAACCCAUACUUGGACGUUGAUUUGAAGUACUACGAUUUGUCGAUCCAAAACAGAGAUGCCACCGAUGAUAAGGUCACCGUUGAUUCGGCUCACGCUAUUCAAAAGUAUGGGGUCGGUGUCAAGUGUGCUACCAUCACCCCAGAUGAAGACAGAGUUAAAGAAUUCGGGUUGAAGAAGAUGUGGGUGUCGCCAAACGGUACUAUCAGAAACAUUUUGGGUGGUACGGUUUUUAGAGAACCAAUUGUCAUUGACAAUAUUCCUAGAUUGGUCCAGGGCUGGGAAAAGCCUAUUGUCAUUGGUCGUCAUGCCCAUGGUGAUCAAUACAAGUCGACCAACGUGGUGAUUCCUGGUGCUGGUAAAUUGGAAAUGUCCUUCACCCCUGCUAAUGGUGGGGAAAAGACCACUUACAAUGUGUUUGAUUUCAAAGGUCCGGGGGUAGGUAUGGCCAUGUACAACACUGAAGAAUCAAUCGCUGGUUUUGCUCACUCGUCAUUCAAGUUGGCAUUGCAAAAACAAUUGGACUUGAAAUUUUCUAGUAAAAACACCAUUUUGAAGAAAUACGAUGGGAGAUUCAAGGAUAUUUUCCAAGACUUAUACGAUACUACUUACAAGGCUGAAUUCGAAAAGCACGGUAUCACUUAUGAACACCGUUUAAUCGAUGACAUGGUGGCGCAAAUGAUCAAGUCCAAGGGUGGUUACAUCAUGGCCCUCAAGAACUACGAUGGUGAUGUGAUUUCCGACAUUGUUGCCCAAGGUUUCGGUUCAUUGGGUUUAAUGACCUCUGCCUUGAUGACUCCUGAUGGCAAAGCUUUUGAAUCUGAAGCUGCCCAUGGUACUGUCACCAGACAUUACAGAAAACACCAAAAGGGUGAAGAAACCUCCACUAACUCUAUUGCCUCUAUCUUUGCCUGGACUAAAGGUUUGCACCAAAGAGGUAUCUUGGAUGAAACUCCUGAAGUUGUUAAAUUCGCCAACCAUUUGGAAGAUGCCACCAUCGAAUGUGUUAGAGACGAUGGUGUCAUGACCAAGGAUUUGGCUUUGACUAUGGGUAAGACUGGUAGAGAUAGUUAUGUCACCACUACCGAAUUCUUGGAUGCCGUUUCUGACAAGUUAAAAUCAAAAGUUUCCAACUAG